CUUGCACAAAGUUACCUAACAUCCAAUUCAUAUGCAUCCGAGAUUAAUAUUCUGAACUGCGCAACCUAAACCAACUAUUAAUUGAUUGUAACCUACAACUUCUCGUCAUUUGGCAACCAUGCUUGGUGGGAAAAGCUUCAACCCCGUUCAGGCCCAGCGAAAAGCUGAGAAGGCUAAGGCAAUCAAGAAAGGAAAGGCAGAAGCAGCCACCCGUCGAAAUGAGAAGUUUGCGAAACGAAACCCCGACAGGAUACAAAAGCAGAUUGAUGACCUGAAGAAGGUCACGUCAAGUGGUGGCAAGCUUACAAAACAUGAAGAGUCCGUAUUAGAAGGGUUGGAACGUGAUCUCAAAGCAGUCAUCAAGGCUAGAGAGGCAUUAGGUGACAGAGCACCUUCCUUCGGUCGCGGCGGUGGUUUUAGAGGUGAUGGUCAGAGAGACAAUGGCGUCCUAGGCAAGAGAAGAAGGGGCGGCGAUGAUUCAGGCAGUGACAACGACGUGCCUGACGACGUCAAGAAUAUACCCAUGCCGAGAGACACACCACCCCCGAUCCCGAAGGAAAUAUUAGACGAAUGGUAUGCGAAACGCAGGGCAGCGCGCAAUGCGAACGACACACCGCUAGGUACUAGUAGAGGCAACGUUCAAGAUAGGCAGCCACCUCCAGCCGCCCCGGUGGAAACGAAGACGGUAUAUGAAGCGAAACCCAUGGUACGCGAUUUACGGAAAGAAGCUGUCAGCGCAUUCAUGCCCACAGCGGUCCGGAUGAAGAUGGAAAAGAGCAAAGGUCAAGGUGGUCUAAUGGAACCCGAAGAAGCAGACCGGCUGGAGAAGGAGGGCUAUCUCAAACCUUCUCUGGACACAGAUGACGCGUCGGAGUAUACGAGAACGGGACCGCAAAAAGUUUCAAUGGAGGAAGUUGAAGAUGGUCAAGAUGAUCAAGAUUGAGCAAGUUGAAAAAUUUUUGAUGGAAUUUACCCAUCCGACCUAUUCACACAGAUGGCGCUUAAUAUCGGGUCACUUCCUAUUAGUUGAAGGUGCAGUAUCUUCCCAUCAAAUUUCGUGGAUACUGAUAAAAGCGGCAUGCCUGGGCUCGGUGGCACUUUGACUAAAUCCAGGC